AUGGCCGAGGAGAUUGCAGACGUUGUUUCUAAGUUACGUAUUGAUGAAGAAGAGGAGCAUGUAUUAGAUCUGGACUCUUUGAACCCUAAUCUCGAAAAUCCCGUAUCUUUGCUUCUUGUGGGACGGUUGCUUACUGAUCGUUCGUUCAAUGUCGAAGCCUUCAAACGCACCAUUACUACUGUUUGGGCGCCGAGUCAUGGCCUCGUGAUUAGGGUAUUGAAACCAAACCUUUUUGCUUUCCAAUUCUUCCAUUGGAGAGACAUGAAGAAGGUUCUUGAUGGGAGGCCCUGGUGUUUUGACAAUAUGUUAAUUAUUCUUAAAGAAGUUGACGGGGACGAGCAGCCUGACCAGGUAUCGUUAAUUUACUCCCCCUUCUGGAUUCGUUUGAAAAAUCUCCCCUUUAAUAUGAGAUCUGAUGAAGUAGUGCGUGCCCUAAUUGGUAACUUGGGAGAAAUUAUUGACAUAGAAAAGGAUGUCCUGGGGUUUGGGCGGUACAGACGUAUUAAAGUCAUGCUUGAUAUCACUAAACCUUUGCGUCGGUAUCGGAAAGUUAGAGAUAGAAAAGGAAUGAUUUACAAGUAG